AUGCCAUCCGUAGAGCCAACUGAUUGCGGUUCCGAAGCCAGGGAGUGCACGAGCGCAAACGGUGACUAUAGCAGUGAAAUGUCCACCGAAAGUACACUGAAUCAUUAUACACCGGAUCCAGACCGUCAACUUAUACCUGGUGACCGUAUCGAACACAGUGAACAAAUCGAAAUGCCUGCGGUGCGUGAGUUUACGCAGAACGAUAAGAUCAACAAGUUUCUUCUGAAUUCGUUCCUGCAGCGCAUCAAUGAUAGCAGUAAUACUGAGGAACGUCGCGAACCGGGUGCGGCGGAUGCCGUCGCCGAAGAACAAGAACAGGAUUUCGAUUCUUAA